AGUAGCCAUGCUGGACCUGAUAUGAUUGAUUGGUGCUAUUUUCAGAAUGUUCUUUUAUUGACAAAUAGAUACCAAAAAAGGUCAAAUGCUUUUCUUUGUCCCGGACCCAACGGACUGAAGCUCGAAACAGUGACUAACACUUCAGGCCACUUGCGUGUAAAGACUGGUAAGACCAUGCUCACUCGUUGCCCGCCACCAGUGGACGCUACCAGUGGACGUCUGCUAGAGCCGGCUUCAUAGAGUUGAAAUAAUGCGGAAACACUCCAGUGAUCGGUAGCACCAAAGACCCUAGAGGGCACUUUAAGACUCCCCAGAAGUUGUCCGCUGCCUCUGUAAGAGGAACCGAAGACCUUUCCAGACCCCAGAAGUAAAGGGUCAUUUUCCUUGGGCCUGGCCUUGCUGUUUGAUCUUUUCUUUGAGAAUUCCUGGCGUUGGGCGCCCCUCUUCCCGCCUGCCUUGCCGAAGGAACUACGUUACCCAGAAAGGCUUGCGUUGAGCGGCAGCCGCAGUAGUCCAAUGAAAACCCAGAAAUGGGACACUUCCGGCAGGGCAAUCCGCCUUGAGGCGGGACUUCCGUCGUUUCCGUGGCGGUCAUUUUAGCGUUUCUGGGGUCUUCGGGCUUGGUCAGUGGAUCCGGAACACCGGUUGCGACCCAGGAGACGGAUAGAGAAGGCACAAAAGGAGGCUUUGUCUCCGCUGUAGGGAGGUGGGUUUGGGGUCGGGGACUUCGCCGCCUGCGAGGACCGCCUGGAGACCUCGGUGUCCGCGACUGCCGGGGCCGCUCAGCUGUCAUCACUUCGCUCCGCCGAGAGGCUCCGAUGGCGGCGGCCGCGCCCAGGGACCCGGCUGAGGUUUCCAUGGUUGCAGAAGUGCUUCUGGAACCUACACAGGGAAGUGUGACUUUUGAAGAUGUGGCCCUCUAUUUCUCUUGGGAGGAAUGGGAUCUCCUAGACGAGGAUCAGAGAUGCCUGUACCAUGAUGUGAUGCUGGAGAACUUUGCACUCACAUCCUCACUAGGAUUUGGAUCUUCCAGGUCCCAUGCAGUUGCUCAGCUGGGGUUAGGGGAAGAGUCUCCUGUGCGUCACAGGAUGGAUAUAAUUCCAGUCUCCACAAGAUGGGCCCAGAGAGGGCCUAAUCCAGGUUGUUGGCUUGGAGUGAAGGAUGAGCAUGCACCUUCCGAAGAGAGCAUUCCUAUAGGAGUUUCAGAGAUUGGGACUCUUAAGGCCGAUUCACCUUCCCAGAAGGCCCAGCCCUUUGAACUGCAUGGCCCGAUCUUGAGAAGCAUUUUGUACCUGGCUGAGCACCAGGGAACAUAUCUUGGGGAAAAACCAUAUACAUCUAGGAAACAAUUCUGUUUAGAUGCCAACCUUCAGCAGUACCGGGGACAGUGCACUGGAGAGAUACCCUUCAGAAAUUCUGUGGACAGAGCCUCAUUUAUAAAGAACUAUACAGUCCAGGUGUCAGGGAAGCCCUUUACCUGUGAGGAGACAGGGAAGGACUUCUUAGCCAGCAUGGGAUUUCUCCAACAACAGGUCACUCACACUGGGGAGAAGCUGAACAAUGAGUGUAAGGCUGUCUUUCAUGGUGGUAAAAGUAAUCACAACUGUGGAGAAUGCAAGAAAGCCUUCAGCUGCGCAGACACACUUGCUCAGGACCAGAGAGUUAUCACUAGAGAAGGACUCUAUGAGUGUGGCAAAUGUGGAAAAGCCUGUACCCGAAGAUGUAACCUCAUUCAGCACCAGAAAGUCCACACUGGAGAAAGACCUUAUGAGUGCAAUGAAUGUGGAAAAUUCUUCACCUAUUACUCCAGUUUCAUUAUACAUCGGAGAGUUCACACUGGAGAAAGGCCCUACGAGUGCAAUGAAUGUGGGAAAUCCUUUAGCCAAAGCUAUAGCCUCAAUAGCCAUAGGAAAGUUCACACUGGAGAGAAGCCUUAUGAGUGCAGGGAGUGUGGAAAAUCUUUCAGCCAAAGGUCCAACCUCAUUCAACAUCAGAGAGUUCACACUGGAGAAAGGCCUUAUGAGUGCAGUGAAUGUGGGAAGUCCUUUAGCCAAAACUUCAGUCUCAUUUACCACAGGAGAGUUCACACUGGAGAAAGGCCUCAUCAAUGCAGUGAAUGUGGGAAAUCCUUCAGCCGAAGCUCCAGCCUCAUUCACCACAGGAGACUUCACACUGGAGAAAGGCCUUAUGAGUGCAGUAAAUGUGGGAAAUCCUUUAAGCAAAGCUCCAGCUUCAGUUCACAUCGUAAAGUCCACACAGGAGAGAGGCCUUAUGAGUGUGGGGAAUGUGGAAAAUCCUUUAGCCAUAGCUCCAACCUCAAGAACCACUGGAGAGUUCACACUGGAGAAAGGCCUAUUGAGUGCAGUGAAUGUGGAAAGUCCUUUAGCUGCAAAUCUAACCUCGUUAAACACCUGAGAGUUCACACAGGCGAAAGGCCUUAUGAGUGUGGGGAAUGCGGAAAAUCCUUUAGCCAAAGCUCCAGCCUCAUUCAGCACCGGAGAGUUCACACUGGAAAGAGACUACUGAGUGCAGAAAAUGCGGGAAAUCCUUUAGCUCCAAAUCUGACCUCCUUCAACACCAGAGACUUCAUACUAGAGAAAGGCCUUAGAUAAUUACACUGGAGGAGAGAAGUUGUGAGGAAGCCAUCUACCUAAAUUUAAGCCCAUACAUCUGAAAAUCCACAGUGGAGAGAUCUCCGUUUAGUUGAAGUAUGUGGGAAUCUAUACAGGAGCUGUGUUACACUUCUAACCUAUCCAGGGCUCUUGCCAGGUUUAUGUCACUGCCAGUUUCUGUGGAAAAGUUUUAUCACCUCUACCACUCAGCGUUUACAGUGUGCACUAGUGCUUUAGUUACCACCACAGUGUGCUCAGGGAAGCUGACCUCUUUCCCUCCCUUUUGCUGGAGGAAAUGGUGAUUACUCUUAGCCCUUAUAGGGCCUUCAUUCUCUUCUCUUGUAGAAGUUAGAGCAUGGCCCAGAGGACCCAAGCUGACUUCUGCUGGUAACUUGCCAAGAAGGACCACAUUUUCAAGGAUGUAUUUGUUCUGUGUGACACUCCUCUUGGAUUUUCCUGCCCUCCAAGUCACCAACCUGGGAUCUCCCUGCCUCCUAUUCCUUUAGAUUUUGCAGUAAUAAAGACUUUAUUGUUUAAGCCA